GACGCCCUGUUCCUCUUGGUGCCUGGCCUAGUGAGGACGACCGGGACCUGUAUCUUCUUCAAGGAACCCCGGAACAGAAUGUCUCCAAUUGGCCGAGCAAUGUUCCUCUUCCUCGCCAUCCUCGUGAAGGUCGUUUCACACCAGGGGAAAGCAGACGUCGUGGAAGCCAUGAUCGUCCGCGAGCAGUCCGUGUUCAGCCUGGUGUUAGACGAGAUGCUGCUCUUUCUGGAGAAGUUCCUCGUCUCCCAGUACCUCCCGAAGGAGCACUUGAUGGACUUGCUGUUGUACUUCCAG